UUCAUUUGAAAAACAUUCGCGAUUUAACAUGUUUGUUAACAGUACUUUAUUCUUUACGGCUGUCGAUGGCGACAGACGACCCUUUAAUGGAGAAGUUUUUAAAGCGGGAAUAUUCUCUCGCACAGCCUUAUAAUGGCUUCUCAAGUUAUUCACCGUGGGAGCUGAAGGGUACUGCUUUAGUAACAGCUGAAUAUGUGAGGCUCACCCCGGACCAGCCGCACAGACAGGGAGCUAUCUGGAGUCGAAAUCCUUUACUGUUAUACGGCUGGGAGCUCAUGGUGCACUUUAAAAUCCACGGGCGGGGAAAGACGUAUAUGGCUGGAGAUGGUUUUGCCAUCUGGUUAACCAAAGAGCGCAUGGAGGAUGGGCUUGUUUUUGGCAGCAGAAACAAUUUCACUGGUCUCGGAGUAUUUGUGGACACGUUUCCCAAUUUUAAAAAGAAUAAUUGGGAUUACCCUCGUGUGUCAGUGAUGCUGGGGAACGGGAUCCUGUCUUAUGACCACGAUAGUGAUGGACGAUCCACUGAGCUCGGAAGCUGCUCGGCUAAGGUUCGCAAUUCAAGAGAUGGCGCAUUUAUCCUCAUUAGAUACACCCGAAACAGAUUGAAGAUCAUGACAGCUAUGAGAGCUGUUGAUGGUGGUGGUUGGAUUUGGAAAGACUGCACCAACAUCACAGGUGUUCAUUUGCCUGCUGGCAAUUACCUUGGGGCUUCCGCCGCUACCGGUGAACUCUCAGAUUACCAUGACAUUAUCUCCAUGAAGUUGUAUGAGCUGACAGUUGACAGCAGCCCAGAGGAGAAUCUACACACCCAGAGGAGUGACGACAAGAACGAAUUCCAAGUGGACUCCAAAGAGAAGCAGAUGAGUGGAAUCCAACUCUUGGCCUUGUUCUUCAUCAUCCUGGGCCUGUGUGCACUCGUAGUGGGUGGGUCAAAAUUCUACAGGCGCUGGGAGGAAAAGAAACGCAAACGGUUCUAUUGAUGGAAAAUAAAUCCAACCACACGUGGUUGAUGGAGCCCACAAUACAAAAGACAUACAAGACCGUACAAGCUAAUGAGCACCAUCACUAAUAAUGGGUAACGGUAAAAUUAAAAGCUGGAAUGAGACAAGGCUGUUGCUUCUGUAGAUUACAUAAAAAGCACUGGUCUGUUCCAGAUAUAUUGUAAGAUGUUGAUUUGGACGUACCUGCUUUCAGAAUUUCCACCUGCAGAAAUGCACAAGGCAAAGUCCAAACCUACCCUUGAAUCAGAAUCUGUGAUACCGUGUAGCAUGAUUUUAUUUUACAUUCUGCUUACUGCUGCUAACCACCGGGUGCCGCCAGCAUCAAACUUUUGUAACAUUGAACACCUUUACUGCAAGGAAAUCAUGACAGUUCUUGAGAUCCUGAUUCACUGACUCUGUUUUUGCAACAGGAUGACCUGUCUUAACCUUUGCAUUCAAUGAUGAGUGACUUGAGUUUAGCUCAAAUUAAAUGUAAUUUAUUCACAAAUCCAAAAUGUUUGGAAUCACCCACAAUCUUAUUCAAAAGAGAGUUUUCGUUUGCGCGCACCAGCUUCUCACUCAGGCUUAACCCAUUAUGUCUUGUUGGUUUCAUAUCAUCAUAGUCUUAUGUC